UAAAUGGAAAACCCAGAGCAGGGAUCAGAUCUGGGUCACAUUCCGACCAACCACUCUCGAGCCUCCCAUUCAUAAAACGCUUUCACGAGCGUGGGAACUGGGCCGCGACCUCAGCAAACAGCUAUUGAUAGCACAGUCACAAAGCCUCCCUCGGAUUGAAACUUCACUGUUUUUGGGGCCUCGACUCAUGACACUGUUGGAGAGAGAAAAUAAAUGGUUCAGUUUUGACGUUAUUGUCGAGUGGGCUAUUUAAAUGUGAACUAGUUGUGUGAGUUCAAACUUCAUGCGGAAUCAUUGAAGUUGUAAGUGGGACAUUCAGUCGCGCUUGAGGGUUAUACUACUGUACAAGUUAAACAUUCAGAAAUUCUUGACACAUAGUUUUGUUCAAUUACACUUUUAUCACCAAUCUAAAUCACUGUUCGUGUCAUUCACUUAGUUUGGACUGGAUUAAGGAGAAAAGGAUAUUGACUCUAUCGAACAUCCACACAUGAACGGUACAGAUUAUAUGGCGAGUUGAAACACUGUUUUUUAUAGUGAACUCCUGUACACGGGAGAUUUUCUGAAACUGGGCAUUGAUUCACUCGGAGACUGCCCGAAAACAAAGAACGAUCGAUGUCGGAUUCCGAGAAGGCCGGAAAUGGGGCAACGGAAGAGGGUGGUGAUUCUCCGCAGAAAAGGGGCCGCGGCCGGCCUCGGAAACCGCAACCUGAUGUGCCGGAAGAACCUAAACCCAAGAGACCCCGGGGGCGGCCAAAGGGAAGCAAAACAAAGACACAAGAGCCUGUUCCAAAGAAACCGCGGGGACGACCACGAAAAGCGGCAGGAGAUGUAGUUCCUGGUCAAUAGAGGACUGCUAGGCGCAUGACGUUCCACGCGCGUCUAAGAGAAGGGCCUUUUACAACACUAUGGAUCUCACUGGUUGAACCAUGCGGGGAUCCCUUAUCCAUCUUAUAAUUUACUUCCGCCAUCUCUUGUUCCUUAUCUUAGAGUAUCUUCUUACUGUUUUGUCCCCUGUAUAUAGUGUGUGCUCGUCAUCGUUGUUUCUUACAUGUUCUUCUUUUUCAUUCAUAUUUGUUUUCAUUUAUUGUUCAUCAUUGUUCAGCCCUAUGUCCAACAACAGAACAGCAGUAUUUUGAAUGUGCGUUUUUCGUAUCACAUCUGAAAAUAGAACAAGAUGAUCGAAGUUGAUGAGAAAAUAGACGUUCAUCUUAUUUCAAUAGGAGAUAUUCAAAUCUGACUUACUCUUAAAAAGUGUUUAGGGUUAUACAAUAACCAUUGAACGGCCAUUCACUUAUUAUCAUGUACCAUUUUCAUCCCUUGAUAAACGUAUGUGCCAUAAAAUAUAUUUGAAUCAGACUUCCAAAAUUAGUUCAUCGUACUACUCAUCAAAUAAAACUAAGUGGAUUUGUGGCUACUUUAUAGCACUAAUACGACAAUUCAUGCUAUAAUGACUGUGGCCAAUUAUUGGAUUAUGUAAUUUUACGACGGACCCGUUUUGAGUCAUACUGCUCAAGGCUCAACAGGCUCUCAACAAGAGACACACAGCGUCUACAUUACAACGCGCACGUGCCCACGCGCACACACACUCACGCACACACGCACGCAGACACACAUACAUACAGAGAGUAACGAGACGAUGGUGACCACAAUGUUUGGUCAGGAAUUAAGUUAAAACUUUAUUUCAGAAUUAAAAUCCCUUCGAAUACUGGUUGUUGUAUCUCUUAAUCGAAUAUUUGUUUAUGUUGUUUGUAAAACACGUGUUGUUGUUGUGUUUUUUAUUAAAGUUUACUACCAUUGCCAGAACAAGCUGAAAGUAGAACAAAAAUAAUAUUUUCAUAAUAUGUUGUUGUAUUAUAGUGCAAAAAUGUAUGUUCCUUUAUUUUAUUCGUAAACAAAAUAUGUAACUUCCCAAGGUGACCAGGACUCAUCUCUUACCUUUACCAUACUCGAUGUGUUCAAUGGAAUUGUGUUCGAUACUAUUGUGUUCAUUGUUUACGUUUAUAUAUGGCUGACACUAGUUUACAGGUCUGCUUCCACUCCGUUAAUGCAUUUCAAGUCUUGUAAAUUUCGUGGCUUUUUGCUUCCAUUUUUAACGAUUUGCUGUAUAUAUAUAUAAUACUAACGUUACCUCGUUAUAAAUAAAAGUUAGAAUGAUACAUGUAUACAAUUGAGCAGUGUGAGAAAAGUGAUUGAAUAGAAAUCUUGUUUUUAUGGCUAUUAUAUGGAAAAAUGCUGGACAUUGGAAGUAUGUUGUUUACGUUGUAAAUAAAUUCCAAAUGCAA